AUGAGCGAGACCAAACGCAUAACGAGCCGUCGCUCGAAGUAUUUUGACUUUUCAUGUCCGUCGAACAAAUUUAACGGGGAAUGGGCGUUGACAUUAUACAACGCAGUGAAACAAGAUAUCGCGUCGAUUGAUCGAAUAUCACAGGAAGCAGUGACUGCUGUAGUCUUUGAGAAAACGACGCGAACGGGGAUACCAAAGAUCCGAGCAUUUUUCUUAUUUCAAACGCCUAAGAUGCUCUCGUUGUUACAACGCGAAUUGGAGAUGAGAGGGACAUGGGGGCUUCCUUUACUAAAUGCAUCAGGGAUGAUGCGAUGGGCUGAAGUGGGCCACAAAAUUGUAUGUAAGAAAGGCGUCAACAAACCAUUAAAAAAGAAAGACAAGUAUCAAUCGAAGACUACAACACCAAUACCUAAAGGAAGAGGUCGACCUGGUCAUUUCAAUCCCCAUUCAACAAACACCUACUCAACUCCUCUGGAACAAACACCAUCACCUAAUGCUCAAAGCACUUCAGUAAGUCGACCACUCCUUUCAACGACUUUAAAUGCAGUGAGUACGCCUGUGCAACAAACUACUAGCACUCAACCAGGGCCACUCACACAAACAACACUAAACGCACCAACGCACGAAAUGUCAUUUAUGCAAAAGGUCUACGAGACACGAAUGUCGGAAGAGCCUGCGCAGAUUGUAUUAACAAAGAAACACUACUUUGUCUAUGGAGAAAACGCGGAUGAGACUGCGCUGAGGAUUGCGGAGAAGAUCGAUGAAGACUACUAUGUCAAGGACUCGUCGAUGUAUUGGGACGAUUAUUCAAAUGAAGCCGUUGUCGUGUUUAACGGGAUUUCAAGGAGUAACGCAAGUCGACUUGCAGAACUGCCGUCGUGGAUGGGGAAAUACUCGAUGAAGGUACCGGGAAGGAUAUGGCCUGUGAUGAUUAACCCCGUUUGUAUCAUCAUUGCGUCAUACGAGCCGAUUGAAGUUGUGUUUAACAGCAUGCCUGCAGUUUUCAAUGCAGUGAAGGGGAAGUGUGAGCUUGUCGUCUCGAACGUGGACAUCGACAAGAUGAUCAUCAAAAGCAUCGGACAGCUGUUUAACGAACAAGAACAACGGAACUACAAAGAUGAGGUCAAGGAAAACCCAAUGAGUAACAUCGCGGCGGCUCCGGGGAACUCGACGCUGCAAGCACCGAGUGCCCCCAUCAGUGCUGCAAGUCAAUACGUCCCAAAACCCGCUUUAAUGCCUUUAGGAGAGCAAAAAGAAAAGAAGGAAGAAGUCUAUUCACUUGAUAUAAGAGUGAGAGAUAGGAGCAGAUCAAGGGAAAGAGAUAGAGAUAGAAGUUGGGACAGGGACAGAAGGGAUGACAGAUAUGAUACAAGGUAUUCGUCAAGAGAUAGAGAGUGGGCUGAUAUCGACUUGAAUAGGAAAUAUUGA